ACACUGCACCUAUCCCAACCAAUUCAUCGAGGGGUCUGCACCUCCGCGCUACCCCGAUCGAGCUCCCUCCCCAGCUCUCCUCGAGCCAUCCAACCCUAGCCCCAUCCUCACCACCGCCCGAGGAAGCCUCCAGGCGCAGACGUCCUCACGCGUCGAGGUAGUUCUGUGUCUAUCAAUGGUUUCCACAAGAAAACUGAGAAACCUAAUCAAGCACAAUGCCGAGAUUAAUGAAGAUUGGAGUGAUAAGGAUGCAACAGUUGUACAUACAAGUAGAGUGCGAGAUGGAAGUUACAGUGAUUGUGAGAGUAAUGGUUCACCCGAAACUUCUAGGAAUCCACAGAAGCCUGAUCUUGCCAAACUUCACUCUAUGUCGGAGACAUCUGAUACAUGUUGCCCUGAUCUAUUGCAAUCUCAGCCUGAUUCAUCGAGCUAUGGAUGCCUUUCUUUGUUGAAGGAGAAAAUUCCUAGAGAUGAAACUUCAGCUCUCGAUGCAUUACAUACAUUAGCUGAUGGACCUGUAAAUAUUCUACGACCUUUUUCCAAUGCUGAAACCGGUUAGUCUUAUCUCAUACUAUGGAUCUAAUUUCAGAAGUUGCAAGCUAUAUUUUCAUUAUUUAAUGCCCGUUCACCUUAUCUUAUCCAUUAACAUUUAAUAGUAUUUAUUUAUCUGAUGAUUAUGUGGUGUGGCGGUGGAACCAUGCAAUGGAGAGUUUAGCAGUUUAGUACUUGAGCUCUUGCAAUUGUAUGU